UCCUUUUUAACAAAAAUAAGUUAUGUACAAAUUAUUUAUUUCAGUCUUUAUAUACGUUUAUGUUACUUUCUUGUAGGCCAGACUAAUCUGAAGAGUCCAGAGGAUAUUCAGGUCCAUGUUGUAAAUUCGAAUUUCACUCUAAGGUGGAACUACACUGGGGAUGAUACCAAUGUGACAUUUUCAGCAGAAUGCCUGUGGUUUGAAGGUUAUGGGACAGAUAAAACAGAAUGGAAGGAGUUGUCUGGGUGUCAAAAAGUUACGCGCACAGAAUGUGACUUUUCCUCGGCAAUAACAGAAUACUAUGAUACACAUCAUGUGCGUAUAAGGGCUGAAAGAAGGGAAGAAGUGUCUCCAUGGUCUAGCAUUUUUGAAAUGAUUCCAUAUUGUAUAGCUCAGAUUGGUCCCCCAGAGAUAGAGUUGCAGUCCAUAAAUGGAGUCAUAAAAGUUAAGGUUUCUCCUCCAGAAGCAAAAAUGUGGAUAAAUCCUCUAAAUUUUAAAUAUAAUCUCAUAAUCUGGGAAAAUUCAUCAAUUGAUGAGUUCAGAAGUCUAAGUAUUUUUCCUACUGACAUAAUUGAUGAUCUUGUGCCAGACACUACCUAUUGUUUGAAAGUUCAAGCAACAAUUCCUUUGGACUUGAAAGAAGGCUUAUUCAGUCCCAUUCGUUGUGUAAAAACUACCCAUAAAGUGAAUGACCUAGUCUGUGCAACAAAUGUGAGCAUUUUUGCUUUGAAUAUGAAAUUUCAUCUGCAAUGGAAUAAUCAGUAUAAACAACAUGUGAGCUACAAUGUACAGUAUCUGAUGGGGUAUCUAAAGAAACUUCAUGAUGAUUACUCAGUGAAGUGGCUCAGUGUACCCAGAUGUGAAAAUAUCACUGAUACACAAUGCAAUUUCUCAUCUAUCAUCACUGCUACUUCUGGAUUUUAUUAUCUCCGUGUGCAGACCAUGAAUGAAUAUAAUAAAUCAUGUUUGUCUGAUGAAGUAAAAGUAGAUCCUCUGAUAACAAAUGAAAUUGGCCCUCCUGAUGUAAAGCUGGACAUCAGUGAUGUUUUGCUUCAUAUCCAGAUUUCUCCUCCAGGAGGAUCUGAGAGUGACUUCAUGAGGGACCAUUAUGAAUUGUCUUACCGGAUUCUGUAUUGGAAAAAUUCAUCAGAUAAAGAGGAGGAAAUAAAAAUGAAAGAGAUAAAACAGACAAUAGGGACAGUCUCUGAUCUAACACCCUCGACUUUGUACUGUGUAAAAGUCCAAGCAUUCUCAGAACUUUACAACAAAAGCAGUCAUUACAGCAAAGAGGAAUGUAUCAAAACACCUGGAGAUAAAAUUUUACCUCUGAUCAUUUUAGCAACGUUUGUAACUGCCCUGAUUGCUGUCUGUCUUGUGGCUACAGCACUUGUUUUUGCACUGUAUCAAGCCUACAAUAAAAUCAAGUAUGUGUUUUUUCCAUCAUGCCAGCCUCCUUUGAACAUAGAGCAUUUUGGAGGACAGCUCUUCAGCAGUCCUUAUCUGCCAACUACAGAAGAACUAAUAGAGAAUUGUUCUAUAAUUGAGACUAUCAUCACAGAAGAAGUAAAUCAAAUUGAUUUUAAAGACUACAAACAUUCUAAACAGAGCAGUCGAGAUUCAGGAAAUUAUUCUAAUGAUGAUGAUAAUAAUUCAGGGAGCAAAGUGUCAGGAGAAAUGGUAGAAAAGGAAAUAGUAUAACUUUUAAGAAAAUAAAAUUUAUAUAUGGGACUGGCAGCGUAAUAAACACUUAAAACUUCUUUAUUGUGGAAGUCACAGCCUAAGCAAGACUUUGGGCUCUUGGUCUUUCCAUAUCUGCACUUUGUUAGUGGAAAGUUACAUACCCUGUCUGCUGCAAGCUGACUGAAGUUAAAAUACAAUUGACUUCUCAUACCUUACACCAUUUUAUGACUUUUCAUCAUAUGAUACAAAGAAUACCAUCUGCCUAUGGAGGAGCAGACUGUACACUUUAUAUACUUGAACCUGAUAACCUCAGUGAACGCCUGCUCUGUUCCAGAAGAGUUUCUUGCUGUCUUAGAGGUUUUGAAUGCCAGUCUGUACUGUGACAGAAACUUUUCAUUCCAGUGUUGAAUCUUACGAUGUUUACACAGGAUACAAUUUUAAGAACCUUUCUGACAUGCUUUUCCAGCCCCUUCAGGGGCAGUGCUCUUUGGCUCAGCAUGUCCAGAGCAAGAGAUGCAAAGGGACUAACAGUAACCUCAGUGGGGUGGCUUCUCUGAGCCUCCUUAUGGAAUUUUUCUUUGUGGCUAUGGCUGUGGGAUGCUCCCAGUGCCCACUCACUUGUUUGUGUAUCUUCUCUCUGCAUCAGGGUGCUCUUCUCCCACAGCACUCAGUAAUCUGGGUGAUUUUGGGGAUGGGGAAAGCAGGAGAGAAGUUCACUUUGUUUUACUAUAAAGAAAAAUUUCAUAGUGGAAGCUCUUUGUAAAUAGAGCGUGGAUCAAAUGGUUUUGCACUGUAUUUAGGAUAAAAAGUGAGAAAUGUCCAAGCCAAAUAUACACUGCAAGAAGAAACUAACUAAUGCUGUUGCUUUAAUGACAAGGCAUGUUAAGAGGCAUAUUCUUGAUUAUUUUCUUUCCCAUGUCUAGAUAACCAGAAGUGUAAAAUACUUACUCCUAAUUGAAUUGUAUUUAGAAAUGUGAAUCUCUUUUAACAAGGAAGAAACUUAUUUCUGUAAUUAGAAGACCCAAGUUGAAUUUAGAAAAUGCCUUUUAACAAAUGGUGAGGAUGUUUGUCAUUCAGAGCUUUUUCAGCGUUUUCGUUUUGCCAACAGUCUUUUCUUUGUACAAAUUAUAAGGAUAUGCUGCAAUAAUGUUUCAAUUUGCAUACCACUUUCUUAUGAAGUAAUUUUUAAAGGAGCUUAUUUUUUAUGAAGAAACUGAUCUAGAGUAAACUGGUUUUGACCUUCAUGUGGGCAUCUGUUUAUUGUAACAAGCAACUGUGUUGAUGUUAUAUAUAAUUUUUUUAUUAUUUUGAAGAUAUGAUCUAAUUUUAUAAAUUUUAUGUCCCUGUGUUCAUUGAAGAACAUAAUAAAUUUUGCACAUUUAUU